AUGACUGUCUACAGCAUCCUCAUUGUAGAUCGGGUGGGUACAAUAUUAUAUCGGAAACAAUGGAAUCAAUCGGGCAUAAGUAGUGAAGAAUGGGCCAAAUUGAUGUAUGGUAUGUUAUUUCCUGUCAAGACAUUUGAGUCUACCAUAUCACCACUUGACCCGAACUUUAAUUUUUUGUGUUCCAACACUGGCAAUUAUGCAAUACAUUAUUACGAGUCAGAAUCUGGUGCUAAAUUUGUUUUAAAUACUGAUAACACUGUACAAAAUAUCAGAGAUUUGUUACAAAAAUUAUAUGCAGAAAUUUACGUGGAAUAUGUUGUAAAAAACACUGAAUGUGAAAUGGGAAGACCUAUUGAGAGUGAAUUAUUCAAAUUGAAACUUGAUCAAUUUAUAAAAGAGCAUUUUAUGAAAAGUGUGCAAUAA